AACUUUCUGAUGACUUUGCAAAGCAGUUAACAAUUCAGCACAAAGGCAUUGGAGUCACGCUGGCAUGUUGUGACAGAAUCGCACAAUUACAUGGGAUCCAUCCCAUUCUGAAAAUGCCCCGAACAGCGAACAGAACAGGUAAAUGGAAUCAAACGUCAGAACCAGCAUAGCCUGAGAGCACCUUGAAACUCAGAUUCCACAAUCUAUGGAGAAAGUGUUCUGCUGUGGCAUGAAAUAAAUGAAACAGAAAAUGAUGGCAAGACUUCUAAGAACAUCUUUUGCUUUGCUCUUCCUUGGCCUCUUUGGGGUGCUGGGGACAGCAACAAUUUCAUGCAGAAAUGAAGAAGGGAAAGCUGUGGACUGGUUUAUCUUUUAUAAGUUACCUAAAAGACAAAACAAGGAAAGUGAAGAGACUGGGUUAGAAUACCUGUACUUAGACUCUACAACUAGAAGCUGGAGGAAGAGUGAGCAACUAAUGAAUACCACCAAGAGUGUUUUGGGAAGGACAUUACAACAGCUAUAUGAAGCAUAUGCCGCCAAGGUAACCCUUGAACCAUGCUGGGGUUGGGGGACCAGCCCUCAUGCAGUCAAAAAUUUAUGUAGUAACAACACAGCCUAUCUAAUAUACAAUGAUGGAGUCCCUAAAUCUGUGAAUUACAGCAGGAAGUAUGGACACACCAAAGGUUUACUGCUGUGGAACAGAGUCCAAGGGUUCUGGCUGAUUCAUUCUAUUCCUCAGUUUCCUCCAAUUCCGGAAGAAGGCUAUGAUUAUCCACCCACAGGGAGACGAAAUGGACAAAGUGGCAUCUGCAUAACUUUCAAGUACAACCAGUAUAAGGCAAUAGAUUCUCAGCUCUUGGUCUGCAACCCAAAUGUCUAUAGCUGUUUCAUUCCGGCCACCUUUCACCAGGAGCUCAUUCACAUGCCCCAGCUGUGUACCAGGGCAAGCUCAUCAGAGAGUCCCAGCAGGCUCCUCACCACACUUCAGUCAGCCCAGGGACAAAAAUUCCUCCAUUUUGCAAAGUCUGAUUCUUUUCUUGACGACAUCUUUGCAGCCUGGAUGGCUCAACAGCUGAAGACACACUUGUUAACAGAAACCUGGCAGCGAAAAAGACAAGAGCUUCCUUCAAACUGCUCCUUUCCUUACCAUGUCUACAAUAUCAAAGCAAUUAAGUUAUCACGACACUCUUAUUUCAGUUCUUAUCAGGAUCAUGCCAAGUGGUGUAUUUCCCAAAAGGGCACCAAAAAUCACUGGACAUGUAUUGGAGACCUAAAUCGGAGUCCACACCAAGCCUUCAGAAGUGGAGGAUUCAUUUGCACCCAGAAUUGGCAUAUUUACCAAGCAUUUCAAGGAUUAGUAUUAUAUUAUGAAAGCUGUGACUAAACUUGGUGAAAGGACGCAUGCACUGUCACAGAAAACCUUGACAAUGGGUCUUCUUCCAUUAGUCCUUCAUUAUAUUUUGAAAGCCUGUUUAUAUAUUCAUAACCUGCAUAUCACAAAAUAGAACACUUUUCUCUCAUGUUUACUAUUUAAUCUCUUAUUUAAUAGCAAUUUAUUUACUUUGCAUUUAUAUACCAUAAACAUAAACCACUAUACAUAACUAAGAACAGAGGAAAUAAAAGGAACAAUAUUUUUCCACAUUAGUCAACUCCAAUUAUUUAUUGAUUGACUGUCCACCUAGUAGAUUAAAUUUCAUCUCCUUCACAAAGACUUCCCUGAUCUCUUCCCCACCCUUUUUUUGAAGGAAAACAAACAGCUCUUUCUGCAUAUUCUUGCAUACUAUUUGGCCAUAUUGCUCCUGAAGUUCUCUCUCACUGGUUUAUGGUUAAGACUUAUUUGUCAUUCUUUCAGCUGCUACUUACUAAUUGUAUGAUCUUGAACCAUUCACUUGGAUUCUCUGAACCUUGCUUUUGUUUCAUCUAUGAAAAGGAGAUAACAUCUAGGUAUAUCAAGCACCUAGCAUAGAGCCAGACACAUAGACAACACUUAAAAAUACUGGUGGAAUUUGAGUUUGAAUUCCAGCAAAAAAAAAAAAAAAAAAAGACAAAAGAACUUUCAGAAAUGAGUAAUAUUUUUCAAGAAAAAUGUUAAAAUCACAUUAGGACAGAAAAAACUGCACAAGUGUAACUCAUCAACUUGAAGGAAGUAAAAUGAAGUGUAACAUAGUGAAACCAGAAUCAAAUGCAAUAGGCUUUUUUAUUUUUAUUUAUUUAUUUUUUUAAUAAUAGAGAUGAGGUCUUGCUUUGUUGCCCAGGCUGGUCUUGAACUCCUGGGCUCAAGCAAUCCUCCCACGUUGGCCUCCCAAAGUGCUGGGAUUACAGGAAUGAGCCACUGCACACAGGCAAAUGCAAUAAUCUUAAUUUCAAUGUGUUUCUUUUUCUGGCAUCCUUAUCACUAAAUGUAACUAUCACAUAAAUGGAUAAUAAUAAACUUGUGUUAAGUA